AUGCUCCUCCUCCAACUCCUCGCUCAUCUCCUCCCUAUUUUCGCCUUUCUUACAUGCUGUCUGGCCGCCGAAGACCUUUACAAAGUGCUAGGCCUCGACAAAUCAGCCUCAGAUCGAGAUCUCAAAACUGCGUACCGAAAACUUUCCAAGAGGUAUCACCCCGACAAAGCCACCGGCGACGAGAAGAAAUUCCUCGAAGUCACUGAAGCAUACGAGGCCCUUUCUGAUACGACGACGCGGAAGAUCUACGACCAGUACGGACAUGAAGGGCUGGAAAACCACAAACGUGGCAGUGGUGGGGGAGGCCACGCCCACGACCCUUUCGACCUGUUCUCUCGAUUCUUCGGCGGCUCAGGCCACUUUGGCCGUGCCAACAGCGGCGUCCGCCGAGGUCCAGACAUGGAAGUCCGGCUCCAAGUACCGCUUCGAGACUUCUACAACGGCCGGGAAACCGAGUUCACCAUUGAGAAGCAGCAGAUCUGUGAGGAGUGUGAAGGCUCGGGCUCGGCCGAUGGACAAGUCGAGACGUGCCACAAGUGCCACGGCCAUGGGAUCAUAAUGCAAAGAUUCCAGCUCGCGCCUGGCAUCUUCCAGCAACAGCAGAGUCCGUGCGAUCAAUGCGGAGGCCAAGGCAAGAUCAUCAAACAUAAGUGUAAGGUGUGUGGGGGAAACAAAGUCGUUCGCGGCCCCACGACCCUCACGGCUGUCAUUGAGAAAGGCGUUCCCAAGAACCACAGAUUGGUCUUCGAGAGCGAGGCGGACGAGCAUCCUGACCACGUGGCAGGGAACCUCUACGCCUACAUCGUGGAGCUGGAACCCGCGAUAAGCGAGAACGAACAAGAACGGACGGAUGGGAUGUUCUUCCGCCGCAAGGACGACGACCUUUACUGGAAAGAAGUGCUCUCACUCCGGGAGGCCUGGAUGGGCGAGUGGACGCGCAACCUCACCCAUCUCGACGGUCAUGUGGUGCAGCUCUCGCGCAAACACGGCGAGGUCGUUCAGCCAGGCCAAACCGAGACCAUUAAAGGUGAAGGCAUGCCAAGAUACCAUGGUGGACACGUACACGAACACGACCACGAUGGGCCCGAGUUUGGAAAUCUCUACGUGCAGUACGUGGUCGUCCUGCCUGACCAGAUGGAGAGCGGUAUGGAGAAGGACUUUCAUGCUGUAUGGGAGAAGUGGCGGAAGAAGAAAGGCGUCGGUCUAUUUGCGGACAGUGGCAGGCCCGUGAAGCUUGAUGUACCAACAAAGGAUGAGUUAUAG